CAACAGGAGAUGAGGGAGGGAGUGGCAAACUCCACUUCGAAAAGAAAUGAUUUGAGCUGCGACUCCUUCAAUAAAGUGAAAAUGAAUAAUCCACAUUAAUCAACGUUUAACAUGAUUAAGUGAAAAAUGUAAAUAAGAAAAGGAAUAUUGCAAAUAUCUUGCGCCAAUCAGAUCCCAGCAUUGGAGUGAUGUUUAUUGCUUUCGCUGCCAUUGUAAAGUUUAUUGAAAGUCACCGACAUGUCUUUGUGCGACGACACUCUCCUGUGCAACUUUGCCAAGUGCCGGGUCAAGCUGACCACCUUCGCCUGGGUCACGGCCUGCUCGCAUGUGUUCUGCGAUCAGCAUGGAUCCCUCGAAUUCAACCGCUCCCCGACCAGCUGCCCGGCUUGCUCGUCGACUCUGUCCGGCAAAAUGGACAUUUUGAGGACAGAAUUGUCGCCGUCCGAGCACUACAAGGCCAUGGUGCUAUGUGGUCUGCGCCCAGACAUAGUUAUGGACAUCACUUCCCGCGCUCUGGCCUUCUGGAACUACCAGGUCCAUCAGGAGCGCAUGUAUCAGGAAUACAGUGCGUUACGCACUGAGAAGCAGCUGCAGCAGAUGGAAAAGGUUCUGACACAACAGAACCAGACCAGACAGCUCGAGUUGUCAUCAAUGAAAGUGGAAAUUGCCUCCUUGAAGAAGAUGUUGGAGGACUAUAAGAGGAAGACCAGCGACAUAUCCGAGCGGUUGAUGGAGAAGAGCAGGCAGUGCCAGAAGCUUCAGGGCCUGUAUGAACAGCUGAGGAUGCGCAACAUGGUGGUGGGCGGUGGCCAGUCCCGAUGUCAGCUGACAUAUCACAAUGACAACACUGUGGUGGCAGACCAGCAGACUCCUGAGAGAAACCACCACUUCUUGCCGUGCUUGGAUGCUGAUAGACCCAGAAACUUCUUCCAGAUUAGCUCCCCCGUCUGCAACAAUGGCAGAGCAGUCAAGAAGAACUGACAACAGCAGGGGAGACAUCCGUUGGAAAGUUGACUUUGUUCAAGACUUGUUCUUCUGGAAGCAUUUGGUGGAGUUUUAAGUCCUGUCGGUAUGUCUGCUGUGUCACCAAGUUUUAGGGGUUUUCAACCUCCUAAAGAAAUGUGUUGGAGCUAACGUUGAACUGAAUGUUCUUUCACGUGUUACAAGUGUUAAUAAAGUCACAGUUGACUUAUAGUUUGAGUUAGUUGUCAAAUAGAAGCCUAGAUUUUUGUGAAACAAUCUCUAGUAGCAGCAUGUCAACAACUCUGUAGUGGGGGAGGGCAAACUUUUUCCAUUGAGGGCCACAUACUGAAAAAUGGAAGCAUGCAUUUGAUACAUUUUGUAUAUUAAAAAUGCUAAAACCAGUGUAAGCUAAACUAUGUGAAAAAAACAUACAAUAUAU